GAAGGAGACAGGCUCAGUGAUGAAGAUCUGUUCAAAUUUUUAGCUGAUUUCAAAAGAUCGUCCUCCUUGCAGAGAAGAGUUAAGACUUUACCAGGAACACUUAAGCUGGAGAUUUCCCCGGCUCCAGAAAACCUUGGUUAUUGUCUGACGCCAGAAUUACUACCAGUGAAGCCAUUUCCAGAAAACCGUAAUCGUCCUCACAAAGAGAUUUUGGAAUUCCCAAUUAGAGAAGUGUAUGUUCCCCAUACCAUUUAUAGAAAUCUGCUCUAUGUUUACCCUCAGAGGCUAAAUUUUGCUAACAGACCAGCUUCUGCAAGAAACAUCACCAUCAAGAUCCAGCUUAUGUGUGGCGAAGACCCAUCCUGUGCAAUGCCGGUAAUUUUUGGGAAAUCUUCAGGUCCAGAAUUUGUGCAAGAAAUAUACACAGCUAUCACAUAUCAUAAUAAAUCCCCUGACUUUUAUGAAGAAGUUAAAAUUAAGCUGCCAGCAAAACUCACAGAGAAACACCACCUAUUGUUCACGUUCUAUCACAUCAGCUGCCAGCCAAAGCAAGGAGCAUCUGUGGAAACUCUCCUCGGGUAUUCAUGGCUGGCGAUUCUGUUAAACGAUCGUCUUCAAACUGGACAUUAUUGUCUUCCUGUUGCAUUAGAUAAGCUGCCUUUCCACUAUUCAAUUCACUCUCCUGAGAAAGUUCCAUCUCAGACACCACCUGUUAAGUGGGUUGAAGGACACAAGGGUGUUUUCAAUGUUGAAGUGCAAGCUGUUUCAUCUGUUCACACUCAGGACAAUCACCUAGAGAAGUUCUUCACUCUGUGCCAUUCCCUGGAAAGUCAAGUGACAUUCCCCAUUCGACUGAUGGAUCAGAAGAUUACAGAGGCUACACUGGAACAGGAAUUGAAACUCAGCCUUAUCUGUUUGAAUUCUUCACGCCUUGAACCUCUUGUCUUGUUUUUACAUUUGGUACUAGAUAAACUUUUCCAGCUGGCUGUACAGCCCAUGGUCAUAGCUGGCCAGACAGCCAACUUCUCACAGUUUGCCUUUGAAUCUGUGGUUGCAAUAGUGAACAGCCUCCAGAACAGCAAAGACCUGAGCAAAGACCAGCAUGGGAGGAACUGUCUCCUGGCAUCUUACGUCUACUAUGUAUUUCGCCUGCCAGACCCUCAAAGAGAAGUAGUCAAACCAGGUGCAGGCAGCAGUGCCAUUUUAACAGAAUCUCGUUAUUACACGUUUGGACGCACUUCCGCAGUGUCUGUUGGGAGUAAACUCCUGCAGAGCCGAGUGAUAAGCUGCAGCAACCCUGACAUCGCUGUUACACAAACUGCUACUGAUGAGGAGGUCAAAAACAUCAUGUCGUCCAAGCCUAUGGAUCACAGCUCCAGUCGGAUGUCUUUCUACGUUGAAGGAACGAAUGACGUGCCAAGCAUUUGUGCAAGCCCGAGACCAUCCAAUAAAAAGCAUUUCCAUGAGGAGCUGGCACUGCAGAUGGUGGUCAGCACGGGUAUGGUGAGAGAAUCUGUCUUCAAGUAUGCAUGGUUCUUCUUUGAGCUGCUGAUAAAGAGUAUGGCUCAGUAUGUUCACAACAUAGAGAAGCAAGACAAUCCACGAAGAAGCCGGUUCUCUGAUCGCUUCAAAGAUGAUAUUACCACUAUAGUUAAUGUGGUCACUUCAGAGGUUGCUGCACUUUUAGUCAAACCACAGAAGGAAAGUGAGCAAGCAGAAAAAAUUAAUAUCAGCCUGGCGUUUUUCUUGUAUGAUCUUCUUUCUUUAAUGGACCGAGGAUUUGUGUUUAAUCUUAUCAAACAUUACUGUAAUCAGCUCUCAAACAAGCUGAAUUCACUCUCCACCCUUAUUUCCAUGAGACUGGAGUUCCUGAGAAUUCUCUGCAGCCAUGAGCAUUAUCUCAAUUUGAAUCUCUUCUUCAUGACCUCCGCAUCUGCUCCAGCAUCCCCCUCUCCCUCCUUAUCCUCCCAGAACUCUAGCUCCUGCUCGAGUUUCCAGGACCAGAAAAUCGCCAGUAUGUUUGACCUCUCAGCCGAAUACCGUCAGCAGCACUUUCUAACCGGCUUACUUUUCACUGAACUGGCAGCAGCGCUGGACGCAGACAGCGAGGGGAUUAGCAAGGUGCAGAGAAAAGCGGUCAGUGCUAUCCUUAGUCUGCUGAGUUCCCAUGACCUAGACCCACGUUGCUCCAAAAAAGAGGUGAAGAUUAAAAUUGCAGCUCUCUAUCUCCCUUUGGUUGGUAUCAUUUUGGAUUCACUGCCGCAACUCCAUGAUUUUACAAUUUCAGAUGCCCGCAGUGGAAAGGGGCGCUCAGGAAACCCAGAAGAAGAACAAGAGUCUGCAGGUGCAAUCAAUCAAAACGUGGCCCUUGCCAUUGCAGGGAAUCAGUUCAACCUCAGGAGCUCUGGAAUGUCUCUGGUAUCCCUGCCUUACAGACAAGCUGCCACAUUAGGUCCUGAUACUACUCGCAACCUUUUGAUCUGUUUCCUCUGGAUCAUGAAGAAUGCUGAUCAGAAUCUAAUUCAGAAAUGGAUUGCAGACCUUCCUUCCGUGCAGUUGAACAGGAUUUUAGACCUCCUCUUCAUUUGUGUCUCAUGCUUUGAGUACAAGGGCAAGCAAAGCUCAGAUAAAGUUAGCACCCAAGCUCUCCAGAAGUCACGAGAUGUUAAGGCCCGAUUAGAAGAGGCUUUACUGAGAGGUGAAGGAGCCAGAGGAGAAAUGAUGAAGCGCUGCAGAACGCCAGCUGGGAAUGACAGAUCAGCAGGGCUAAAUGAAAACCUGCGCUGGAGAAAGGAGCAGACUCACUGGCGGCAGGCAAAUGAGAGACAAGAUAAGACAAAAGCUGAGCUAGAUCAAGAAGCUCUCAUCAGUGGAAACCUGGCAACUGAAGCUAACCUGAUCAUUCUCGAUAUGCAAGAGAACAUCAUCCAGGCAAGCUUUGCAGCAGAGUGCAGAGACAAUCUCCUGGGAGGAGUUCUGAAGGUCCUGGUAAAUUCUCUCGGCUGUGAUCAGAGCACAACUUACCUGACUCAUUGCUUUGCUACACUCAGAGCUCUGAUUGCUAAGUUUGGAGAUUUCCUGUUUGAAGAGGAGGUCGAACAAUGUGCUGACCUGUGUCAAAGAGUUCUCCAUCACUGCAGCAGCAGCAUAGAUAUUACACGGACUCAAGCCUGUGCCACUCUUUACCUCCUCAUGAGAUACAGCUUCAGCUCUACCAGUAAUUUUGCAAGAGUGAAGAUGCAGGUGACCAUGUCACUAGCUUCUCUGGUUGGAAAAUCACCUGAGUUUAAUGAGGAAUUCCUUCGACGGUCCUUACGAACCAUCCUAGCCUACGCAGAGGAAGAUGUGGAUAUGCAGGCAACUCCAUUUCCCAUUCAGGUAGAGGAGCUGCUGUGUAAUCUGAACAGCAUCCUGUCAGAUACAGUGAAAAUGAGGGAAUUUCAAGAAGAUCCAGAGAUGCUCAUGGAUCUCAUGUACAGAAUUGCCAAAGGAUACCAGACAUCACCCGACUUGAGGCUGACUUGGCUGCAGAACAUGGCAGAGAAACACACCAAGAGGAAGUGCUACACAGAAGCAGCCAUGUGUCUGGUCCAUGCUGCAGCGCUGGUGGCAGAGUACCUCAGCAUGCUUGAAGAUCGAAACUAUCUGCCAGUGGGCAGUGUCAGCUUUCAGAACAUUUCACCCAAUGUGCUGGAGGAAUCUGCUGUUUCAGAUGAUAUUUUGUCUCCAGAUGAAGAUGGUAUAUGUUCUGGGAGGUAUUUCUCAGAAAGCGGCCUGGUAGGACUGCUGGAACAAGCAGCAGAGCUCUUCAGUACGGGGGGAUUGUAUGAAACUGUGAAUGAAGUGUACAAAAUUGUCAUCCCCAUACUGGAGGCACAUCGAGACUUCAGGAAGCUUACCUUGACACACAGCAAGCUACAGAAGGCCUUUGACAGCAUUAUUAAUAAGGGUCAAAAGCGAAUGUUUGGAACUUACUUCCGCGUUGGUUUCUAUGGAUCCAAAUUUGGGGACUUGGAUGAACAGGAAUUUGUUUAUAAAGAACCUGCGAUUACCAAACUUCCUGAGAUUUCUCACAGAUUAGAGGGAUUUUAUGGCCAGUGUUUUGGGGAGGAUGCUGUGGAAGUGAUUAAGGACUCUGCUCCUGUAGACAAAAGAAAGCUGGAUCCAAAUAAGGCAUACAUACAAAUUACUUUUGUGGAGCCAUAUUUUGAUGAGUAUGAGAAGAAAGACAGAGUAACCUAUUUCGAGAAGAACUUCAACCUCUGUCGGUUCAUGUACACUACGCCUUUCACCAUGGAUGGGCGCCCCAGAGGAGAGCUUAGUGAACAGUACAAGAGGAACACCAUCCUAACCACAAUGCAUGCUUUCCCCUACAUCAAAACUAGAAUCAAUGUCAUUCAAAAAGAAGAGUUUGUUUUAACCCCAAUUGAAGUUGCUAUUGAAGACAUGCGGAAAAAAACACAGGAACUAACUGCAGCCACCAACCAAGAACCACCAGAUGCCAAAAUGCUCCAAAUGGUUUUGCAGGGCUCAGUUGGAGCCACUGUAAAUCAGGGACCGCUAGAGGUAGCGCAAGUGUUCCUGGCAGAAAUUCCAGCCGACCCCAAACUUUAUCGACAUCACAACAAGCUGAGGUUGUGCUUCAAAGAGUUUAUAAUGAGGUGUGGUGAAGCAGUGGAGAAAAACAAGCGCCUUAUUACUGCUGACCAGCGGGAAUAUCAGCUAGAGCUCAGAAAGAACUAUGGAAAGCUGAAGGAGAACCUUAGGCCCAUGAUUGAGAGGAAGAUCCCAGAGCUGUACAAACCUGUAGUGAAAGUCCAUACCACAAGGGAAUCUUUUCGUAACCACAGUUUUAGGAAAUAUGAUGCCCAGACUUCUUCACAAAGCACCUAA